GGGCAGCAAACACGACACCUUCGACACAUCACACUGCCACAGCACGCGCAUCAUCAUGUCGGCAGCUCAACUACUCAAUCCAAAGGCAGAGUCGCGGCGGCGCGGCGAAGCGCUCCGCGUCAACAUCUCAGCGGGCGAAGGACUGCAAGAUGUGCUUGCCUCCAAUCUGGGCCCAACCGGAACACUGAAGAUGCUGGUUGAUGGGUCAGGCCAAAUCAAGCUCACCAAGGAUGGCAGUGUAUUGUUGAAAGAGAUGCAAAUACAAAACCCAACGGCAGUCAUGAUUGCGCGAGCAGCCACGGCACAGGACGAAAUUUGCGGUGAUGGGACGACGAGCGUUGUGCUCGUGGUUGGCGAGUUGUUGAAGCAAGCAGAUCGAUACAUUGCUGAAGGCCUCCAUCCACGAGUCAUCACCGACGGCUACGAAGUGGCAAAGAACGAGACACUGCGCUUUUUGGACGAGUUCAAGCUGCCUCGAGAGGUUGACCGGGAACUUCUCAUCAACGUUGCACGGACGAGCUUGACCACGAAGAUCAACAAGACUCUGGCCGAGCAGCUGACUCCAGAUAUCGUGGACGCCGUCUUGGCCAUCUACCAGGCUCCCGCAAAGCCCGACUUACACAUGAUCGAGAUUAUGACGAUGCAGCACCGCACCGCCGCAGACACACAGCUGAUUCGAGGGUUGGCCUUGGACCACGGAGCCAGACAUCCAGACAUGCCCAAGGAUGUGCGAAAUGCGUACAUCUUGACAUUGAACGUGAGCUUGGAAUACGAGAAGAGUGAGAUCAACAGUGGUUUCUACUACAACAGUGCAGAGCAGAGAGAAAAGCUGGUCGAGAGCGAGCGGAGAUUUGUCGACGACAAGCUGAGGAAGAUUGUAGAGCUGAAGAAGGAAGUCUGCGGGACCGAUCCCAAUAAGGGCUUCGUCAUCAUCAACCAGAAGGGUAUCGACCCACUGUCGCUCGAUGUGCUGGUCAAGAAUGGCAUUUUUGCGUUGCGAAGAGCAAAGAGGAGGAACAUGGAACGACUACAAUUGAUCUGCGGUGGCACGGCACAGAACAGUGUGGACGACUUGUCACCAGAUGUCUUGGGCUGGGCCGGCCAUGUGUACGAGCACCAGUUGGGAGAGGAGAAAUACACGUUCAUCGAGGAGGUCAAGGAGCCCAAGUCAGUGACGAUCCUGAUCAAGGGCCCGAACGCACACACGAUCACACAAAUCAAGGACGCAGUCCGCGAUGGUCUACGAUCAGUAUACAACAUGAUUGUCGAUAAGAGUGUUGUUCCUGGUGGUGGUGCGUUCCAGGUCGCUGCUGCGCGGAGACUCAAUUCGGACGAGUUUGGGAAACAAGUCAAGGGUAAAUCGAAAUGGGGCGUUGCAGCUUUCGCAGAUGCUCUCCUUGUCAUUCCCAAGACUCUCGCAGCGAACAGUGGGCACGAUAUCCAGGAUUGCAUUGCCACCCUUCAAGACGAACACGCGGACGGCCACGUCGCAGGUCUUGAUCUCACGUUAGGCGAGCCGAUGGACCCAGAACAGCAGGGUGUUUUCGACAGUUUUCGCGUGCUACGAAACAGCAUCGCAAGCUCAACAGGCAUCGCAUCAAAUCUGCUCCUGUGCGACGAGAUGCUUAAGGCACGGCAAAUGGGCAAGUCGGGGCCUCCCGGAGGAGGUGGUGACGAGGAAUGAAUGGUAUGAUCCAUGAAGCUGAAACGUAAGUUGAUGAAAAUCCGAGAGACCGAAAAUGUCGGCUGCUUUUCGCCGCGUCACUCAGGCCUGUGGAAGAAACGGUAUGCUGGUCGCAAGCAUCUACAUGUUUAGAUGAUAGAAGAGCAGAUCUAGACCGCCCCUGCCCGUGUUAGGCAGAUGCAAGGACAUUGAGGAUUAUCCAAAAGUCGACUUUAUGCAUCGCAGACCUUUCCAUUCUGCCACUACUGUGAAGUCAAAGUGUCCUGCUCAAAUGUGGUGCUUCAGCACGGCUGGUUCACAACUUCGCCCAAGCCAGUACAUAUGGCCGCCAAGUCAUGAGACUUGUGGUAGCCACAGCCUGCGAAUCUAAACGCCACGAACCACAUACCACAUGUCAACAUCGCUAAAAUGCAUCGGAAGUCUGCCGCAUGAGGCGGAAAGAGGUACCAGUUUCAUUGCGCGAUUCCUGCCUGCUGUAUGCAGCGGAGUUCUGCAGCAGGCCCGCAGACUGCCAUAGAACGGAAAUAAGACCGUGAGUCCGACUUGGGUGCUUGAUGUGUACCUCCACCACCAAGACCGAAGCGAGGAGACCUUUACAUGUGCAUAUGCAUAUGCAUCUGGUAUGCUAGAGUCAUGAGGCGGUAGCAUUCGUGGCCCUUUUCUGUCGAUGUAGUCUUUUCGAGCUCUGUUGAUUGCCCAAAAGCACGCUGUAACUCUCAUGUUGACAGUUCCUGUUCGCAGAGCACCCUUCGCAGCUCGGGCGGCCCCAACAGGAGACUGAGAGCUCACAGUCCCCGAGCUACUUUCCCGAAGCAGCUCUCACAACACAUCCACCAGACCGCUGUAGUC